AUCAGCUUGCAUCCUUCUGUUAACUGUUGUCAUUACUCCCAUUUAGCAAGGCAACCAUAUCUGCAUCUUUAAAGAGUCUGCCUGCAAACACUUAGACCACACAAUGAAUGUGUCCUUUCAACUGUCACUUUGUUUACCUAUUUAGUGUUAUGAUUUCAAUCAGAUAGCCUACAACAUGUUCUGUCUUUGUGUUAUUUCCUCUCUCCAGGCCUCCCUUCCCCUUUCCCUUGUGGUGAGAAGGCACUGAGAUGUUUUAUGCCCACUUUGUUCUCAGCAAACGUGGGCCGCUGGCCAAAAUCUGGCUGGCGGCCCACUGGGACAAGAAGCUGACCAAGGCACAUGUCUUUGAAUGCAAUCUAGAGAGCAGCGUGGAGAGCAUCAUCUCACCCAAGGUUAAAAUGGCUUUACGGACAUCAGGGCAUCUGCUGCUGGGGGUGGUAAGGAUCUACCACAGGAAGGCCAAGUACCUGCUGGCAGACUGUAACGAGGCCUUCAUCAAAAUCAAGAUGGCGUUUAGACCAGGUGUGGUGGAUCUUCCAGAGGAGAACAGAGAAGCAGCCUACAACGCUAUCACGCUUCCUGAGGAGUUCCAUGAUUUUGACCAGCCACUACCAGAUCUAGAUGAUAUUGACGUUGCUCAGCAGUUCAACUUGAAACCAGAGCGAGGUGGAGGAGAUCACCAUGCGAGAGGAG